CUCAGUCUCUCUUUGUUGUUGCAUGCUUCUUCGGCCACUGCUGCUGCUGCGAUUGCCUUCUGCUGUCUCGCGCACCACCACCUUGUCCACUGCCUGUGCCUCUGUCGCAUCGUCAACCUCAUCAGCCAUCUCCAUUCGUGCAAUGUCGCUCACUCCAGCUCCGACUGCUGCUACGACACUGACGCUGCCUGCUGCGGCCGAUCUGCACGUCCACCUGCGCCAGGGCGACCUCAUGCGCAUGGUCGUCCCUCACAUCCGCCGCGGUGGCGUCGUGCGGGUCCUCGUCAUGCCCAACCUCAAGCCGGCAAUCGCGUCGACGGAACAAGCACUUGCAUACAAGCGCGAGCUCGAGCAAAUCGACGCAUCCGUGGAUUAUUGGAUGACGCUGUAUCUUGGCCCGGAAAUCACGCCUGACGAAAUUCGCAAGGCUGCCGCGGCUGGCAUCAAAGGCGUCAAGUCCUAUCCCCGCGGAGUCACCACCAACUCGGAAAGCGGUAUUGAGAGCUACACUGCCUACUACCCCGUUUUCAAGGCGAUGGAAGAGACCAACAUGGUUCUCAACCUGCACGGCGAAGUGCCCAGCAACCCCAAGGAUGACAUCUGUGUCAUGAACGCCGAGGUCCACUUCCUGAAGCACCUGGAGCAGCUCCACCGUGACUUUCCCAAGUUGCGCAUCGUUCUCGAGCAUGUGACCACUGGCGCUGCUGUGCGCAAGGUCCUUGAGCUUGGUGACACGGUCGCAGCCACCGUGACCGUCCACCAUCUGUCGCUGAUUGUCGACGAUUGGGCUGGCAAAAACCACAACUACUGCAAGCCCGUGGCCAAGUAUCCGAGCGACCGCCGUGCCUUGUGGGACGCCAUUCUGUCUGGCAGCCCCAAGUUCUUCCUGGGCUCGGACAGCGCCCCGCACCCUCGCUCGACCAAGGAGUGUGCCAGCGGCUGCGCGGGUGUCUACACGCAACCGCACGUGCUGCCGUACUUGGCAUCCGUCUUUGAGCAGUACAACGCGCUCGACAAGCUGCAAGCCUUCACCAGCGACAACGGCAACCGCUUCUACCAGGCCAAGCCCAGCACCGACACCGUCACGCUCGUGCGUGAGCCUCUGACCGUCGAAAGCGAGCUGAGCUACGGCGAUGCCAGCGCCGCCCAACCCGCGGUUGUUCCAUUCCAAGCCGGCGAGACCCUGCCCUGGCGACUUGCCUGAUCGGAUGUGUUUGUGUGUUGUUUCUGUGUGUCCUGUAUGUAUCGGCGGGUGUCAGCCUUUUUGUUUGUGUUUUCAGCCUGGAACACCCUUUUGUUUGUGAAUGCAAAUCUCAAUCUCCAGAGUGACCCC